AUGGCAAGAUUUCCCAAAAGACGACGUGUUAAUUAUUCACCACCACCAUCACCAUCAAGUAGUAGCAGCUCAGAGGAUGAAACCAGUGAACCAGUGAACGAAGAUGGCACUCGAAGACUGAAAUGCCCCUGGAGAAAAUGUAAAACGGCGGUAAAAGAUUCGACCCAGUUACGUUGCCACUACCGUCGGCACAGCAAACUGAAGCCAUAUGUCUGCAUAUAUCCAUCCUGUGAUCAUCCAGGGUUUAAUCUAAAAUCACACACCAUUGCUCACAUAAUCAAAAAGCAUAAUCUGUCUGGCAAACCCGAAGCAAAACGUCACGUGAAAGUUCUGCAAAAAGAAUUGGAUGAAGAAACAAAGCUUCUAGGCAUAAGGUCGCAUAUAAGAGGAGAAGUUUUUGUUGAAGAUGUUAGUGACGAUGAUGACCAUGAUAAUGAUGUUGAGGAUAAUGAAGAUGAGUCAACUGAUCGUACAAUGAUCGUUUUGCCACGCAUUGACACUAUUCACCGUAACCCAACCACAGGUCACUACAUUUGUCCAUUCAGUGGAUGCACCAAAGAGAAAAUCAGUGUAGCACACCUGAAGAUCCACUAUCGAACUCACUGUGGCAACAACUUCCGACCUUAUCAGUGCAUCUUUGAUCCUGCAAAUUGUCAGUAUACAUCGAAACAGAGGGAUGCAAUGAAAGCUCACAUUCGAAGAGUGCACAAGCCUGAACAACUUUCUUCUAACCCAAACACUUGUGACCUGGAUGAAUUUGUACAAACCUACCCUGACCUGUUGCAGAUAGAGGAAGAUCUUUUCAGUGGUGUAGAGAUUGUCCAUAAGGGUGCUCUGGAACUACCUCGGCCAUUUGAAUGUCCAUUUGAAAACUGCUCCGAACAGUAUUUUCUACAAGACAGAGUUUUCGAUCAUUAUCUUUCACACAAAAAGGCUAAACCAUUUAAAUGCUUAUUCCCCAAAUGCGGCCACACUUCGCUGCGAAAAAACUGCCUUCAAAUGCACAUUCUCGCCAAACACUUUAAUGUUCCACAGAAGAUGCAAAAGGAUCUAAUCACUGAGCAGAAACUGGAGGCCGAUCAGUAUAUUGAGGUAUUGGAGGAUGUACUUCAACAGGAGCAGGCUGCCUUUGCAAUGGCGCAAGAGAAGAAAAAGCAAUUGAUCAAUGUUUAA